UUUAACAUUUUAUUUAAAAAUUAAAAUAUAAAUAUAUUGUGCUAGAAAAAGAUUUUAUUCCAUUUUUAUUGUGUAUAGGCAUUUAUUAUAUACAUUUAUCUUUAUAUUUAUUGAUAUAUAAAAUUUAAUUAAUUACUGUAGCAUUUGAUUCUAUGACAUAACGUCACAAGGCAAAUUACUGAUCCACGUAUAAAGUACAGCACACCCUUUGCACGCCGUAGUGGCACAGCUACACUUCGCCACAUCGAUUUUACCGGCUCGCUUGCACUCACACUCGGUCGACCCGUUCACUGAAGGAAUGUCUCAUAUGCCUCCCUCCGACUCCCUUUUCCUCCCCUUUACUUCUCCUAACCCUACUCCUAUAAACCUCUCUGUCACUCAGUUAGCUCUCUUUCUAAAAACUUGUCUUUCAUCUCUUUCUACCAAGCUCGCCAACUUCUGCUUGCCCUCUCCUCCUCCUCCUCCUCCUCCUCCUCCUCCUCUUCUUUCCCUCCCCCUCCUCAGUGCUUCCUCUCAUAGGUCUCUCGAUCUCUCUUGAUUUCUCUCUCACACUUUCACAAUUUCUCUCUUUCUCUCUUUACUGUCUGUUGUGAUCGUUGGGCAGUAGCGCCGUCGCGGGGAGGUGGAGGUUGCACCUUUUGCCGCAUCUCGGAAUCUCGCGCGUUGCUCAUUUGCUGUACAUAGGAGAGGAGAAGAGAGGCAAGGAAAGAGGGAGUGUGAGAGCACCUAAGAAAGAGAGAAAGAAAAUCUUCGCUAGGUAGUAGUAUGCGAACAGUACGGUAGUCGGACAGUUCCAGUUCCGUUUCGAUUAGGCGAGACUACGCCGGGUUUUUGGCUCGCUCGUGGCCCGUGUAACGUACGCGUAAUGCCGUUUAUCGUGGCCAUUGACGGCACUCGAUGCUGCUGGUGCUGUUGCUGUUUACCCGGCGCGCUAACUGCACGCCGCUUUUACAAGUGGAAUUGCAUAGUUGAAGAAGAUACGAAGUGAACCAAGUUCGUGAGUGUUCAAAAGGAUAGCUUACGUGUGCCGUUUGGAUCGUGUAAUAUCACUUUAUGAUUAUGGUCAUAAAAGGAUCAAGUCGUGAGGAAUAGAGGAGUGUUCUGUAAAAUCCGCAUGUCCCGAUUCACUGGAUGUCUGCUGGGUCACAAAUUCAGAUGGCACCUCAAUCAACUGUAAACUCUGGUCAGUCAGUUCAUAGUCAAGACUCGAACAUGAGCACUGGCUCAUCACAUAGUGAUAAGGAGGUAGAUCCAAAUACUCCAGAAAAAAUACCCAGAACUCCUUCAGAAAGAAAAAGGAAACGUAAAGCUGAUGAUGGAGGUGGGGGAGUUACCGGAGGACCUGUAGGAAGUAAGGGGUCUAGAUCUGUUGCUGCUCUUGAAAAUAAAAAAAUAAAUGAAUAUUUUCCAAAACAUCAUUUGGGUAACAGCCCCAUUCGGCAUGGAGGUGCUAAAAGUCCUUCACCUCAACAGGGGUAUCCUAUGUAUCCACCAUCGCCUCAACAACUCCUUUCACCGCAAGUAACAACACCCAAUUCUUCAGUGGCAGAAUUUUCUUCACUAAUGCAGCCGCCAAGACCUCAUCCUCAACCUCCACCUCCUCCUCCACCAGCCUCAACACAACCUGCAGGCUCAAUGGUCAGCAAGCAGGUGCAGGUAAGGCCUACCAACCUCAGUAGGACAAGCCAGGUCAGGCAAGCGAAGACUAACACCCCAAAUACAGAACUUACUUGCCAGAGGAUACAAGAAUUUGAAACUCAGGCCACUUCAGACUUAGAAUUACGUAAUAAUAAAAUUGAUGAAUUAAAUAGAACAACUGAUGAAUUGAGGCAUCAAAUGGCUAAUCAACAAAAAGUAAUUGAACAGCACAAAUCCCAUAUAAAUAAGUGUAUAGACGUUGUAAAGAAGCUAUUAAAAGAAAAAUCAAAUAUAGAAAAAAAGGAGGCUAGGCAAAAAUGUAUGCAAAAUAGACUGAGGUUGGGUCAAUUUGUAACUCAAAGGGUGGGCGCAACAUUUCAAGAAAAUUGGACAGAUGGUUAUGCGUUUCAAGAAUUAGCACGACGGCAAGAAGAAAUUGCAACUGAACGAGAAGAAAUUGAUAAACAAAAAAAGCUAUUACUCAAAAAGAGGCCAUCGAACAGUGAAACUGGUAGGAAACGUAGUCAGCCUCAACCUUCUUUGCAUAAUGGUACAGAAGCUACAUUCUUAAAACCAGAUGCAGUACCUGGAUCUUAUACGUGGCAAGAGUAUUAUGAAGCUGAUGAAAUACUCAAGUUAAGGCAAAGUGCUUUGAAAAAAGAAGACGCUGAUCUUCAAUUAGAAAUGGAAAAACUCGAAAGAGAACGAAAUUUGCACAUUAGAGAACUAAAACGUAUUCACAACGAGGACCAAUCGAGAUUCAAUUCUCAUCCUGUAUUGAGUGAUCGUUACCUUUUACUAAUGUUGUUAGGAAAAGGUGGCUUCAGUGAAGUGCAUAAGGCAUUUGACUUAAAAGAGCAACGAUAUGUCGCUUGUAAAGUGCAUCAACUGAAUAAAGACUGGAAAGAAGAUAAAAAAGCUAAUUAUAUUAAGCAUGCGUUACGAGAAUAUAAUAUACAUAAAGCUCUUGAUCAUCCUCGUGUUGUGAAAUUGUAUGAUGUGUUUGAAAUCGACGCCAAUUCUUUUUGUACUGUCUUGGAAUAUUGUGAUGGCCAUGAUUUAGAUUUUUACCUUAAACAGCAUAAGACUAUACCUGAAAGAGAAGCAAGAUCUAUCGUUAUGCAAGUUGUAUCUGCAUUAAAGUACCUCAAUGAAAUAAAACCUCCAGUCAUACAUUAUGAUUUAAAACCAGGUAAUAUAUUAUUAACUGAAGGUAAUGUUUGUGGAGAAAUAAAGAUUACAGAUUUCGGAUUAAGUAAAGUAAUGGAUGAGGAAAAUUAUAAUCCAGAUCAUGGAAUGGAUUUAACAUCUCAAGGAGCUGGUACCUAUUGGUAUCUUCCACCAGAGUGUUUUGUUAUUGGUAAAAAUCCUCCAAAAAUAUCAUCAAAAGUUGAUGUUUGGAGUGUAGGAGUUAUAUUUUAUCAAUGUCUAUAUGGCAAAAAGCCUUUUGGGCAUAAUCAAUCUCAAGCAACAAUUUUAGAAGAAAAUACAAUAUUGAAAGCUACUGAAGUUCAAUUUGCAAAUAAACCAACUGUUAGCAAUGAAGCGAAGAGUUUCAUAAGAAGUUGCCUAGCAUAUAGGAAAGAAGAGCGUAUAGAUGUGUUGACAUUAGCUAGACAUGAAUAUCUACAACCUCCAGUGCCAAAACAUGGCCGUCAAGCGAAUAAUCAACAACAGCAACAGCAACAACAACAAAUUCAACAGCAGCAACAAACUUCAUUUAGUAUUGGCAUGUUUAGUGGUAUGAAUGCAUCAAGCAGUUCGUAGUGGAAAAGAACUAAAGACAAAACCUUCAAUGCUAAUACAUGCCAAAUCUUGAACAUUGAAUUGCACAUCAUCUCAUCUUAGGAACAUAGCAAUUGCUAUAACGAAUUGUAAAUAUUAAAAACCGGAUAAUAUCACCGUCACCAAUGCCACGAUUACCACUACCACUACCACUCCACUACCACUACCGUCAUCACUACCACUUCCACCACACCUUUACAAUUAUACUUACAGGCCGAUUACAUAGGACAUUGCAAGAGAGAUGCGAGACUGGUCGUCGCAAGUCCAGAAGCUUGCGUCUUUCUACAAUACAAGCUACAUUAUUCAGCAUGACAAAAAUGUUGUGUUCGUAAAUAUUCAAUUGUAUUAUCGUUCCUUGUAUCAAACAGUGGGUUGACUUGAUAAUAGUGUUUAAAAAGAAAUGAGAGAAACAGAUAAACUUGUGAUAAGUCAUUGUGAAUUAAAGUGAAGUUCAAAUUAAGAAGAAAAGGAAACAAAGAAGUACAGCGACGAAAAUCAUUGCAAGUGAAAAUUACUCGGUGAAUAAAGAGAGCAACGGAAGAUAAAAUGUCCGAAGCAAAGCGCGUCAAAACAGCGUAAAGAGACUUUGCUUUUACGGAGACGUUCCUCUCUUCUGAAGUUACGUAUGCAUGAAUGAGUGUGAAGAAAGAUUGUUAAAACUAGUGUGCGUGUAUAUAUUUAUACUAUAUAUAUAUAUAUACUAAUAAAUCCGAUAUAAUAUAUAUAUAUGGUGUAAAGAACAGAACAGCAUUGACAGUGGAAAGACAACUGUGGUGGAUCCUCGCAUGACCUCCGUGCAGCCAAGUAUUCCAUGAAUAUUUGACUGUACAUCAUGUUACUUUAUUCAAAUAUUAACAUUAUUACUUAUAUCAUGACUAAUAAUGAUUAACAUACACACACGAGGAGAUUUGGUUGGUUGUUCCUAUUCUGAAAUGAGUGGGCUUUAUCUACACCGGAUUGAUUGGUCUAAGGUUCGAAUGCAAAGAAAGUAAAAGAAUCGCGAUGCUCCCAAAUAAAAAACAUAUAGAAUCGUAGUCCACAGUUUAUAUGCUCCAUGCACAUGUACAUUUUUAAUCCAUAAUUUUCUAAUAGAGUGAUUCAUUUUUUCAAGAGUGGACUUCGGCGCGAUAAUUAUGAUCUUACAUUUUCGUGAUAUAUAACAAUUCGUAUAAUCAGGCAUUAAAAAAUUUUUAAAGUAAGAUUCAUGAUACUGUACCGACCCUGGUUGCUAUUUCUUUAUUCAUAAUUUGUUUUAUAUAUGUACGUUAUAUAUAUAUAGAUAAUUAUGAAAUAGAAGAUUAAGUUAUUUUAUCAAGUGCCCUUGCUUUGUAUUAUAGUCGCGUCUGUCGACAACCUGCAGCUUUGGGAGUACUAGAAAGUUGUUAAAAUGUUGUAAGUUGUUGGUACAAUGUGGGCACGGUAUUGAUAACUCAAUACCAACGUGAUUGGCAAAGAAUGGUCAGAGGAGAAUACAUUACAAGUCUGAACAGAGUCUACUACUA